AUGGUCAAGAAGCCGGUGAUAUGUCCAUCUCUUUUGCUCAUUUCUCUCAUAUGCUCAAGCUGUGCUUGGGUCGGUGAGGGGCUAGCAGACGGGCCGUUUCCGGUGACGGUUAGGGGGAGGGAGGCUGUCGAUGAAGCGGGAGGGGCCGAGCCGUUAUGGGGACGGGUAGCCGGCAGAGUCGAGGGUCGUCGUGAGGGACCAUAUCCCGGGUUACCGCUCGCCGCCGAGCCGGCCCACGUCAUCCGGGACGGGCGCCCGGCUACCAUCACGCCGCCCCCGACCCUUCUGAAUCGGCAGGACCAGGGCCAGAUCCAAGCGCUGAGCGACCAGCUGCGGCAACUCAGCGAGCAAUCCAGGUCCGUCAGCCAGUCCAGCCAGCAGCUCAGCCAGUUGCUGCAGCAGGCGACCCAGCGACUGAGUCAAACUGAGCAGCAGCUGGCCAGCGCUCGUCUGCAGCAGAGUGCUGCCGAGUCCGCGUCGCGGUCCAUGUUGCAGGCCUCGGCAGAGGCGUCCCGUCGGGCAGAUGAGGCAAGGGCCGGCGCGGACCAAGCCAUCUCAGAGGCGAUUCGCUCGGCUUCCCAGAGCGCCAACCGCGCCAUGUCCGAGAACAUGGCGAGCGUGACGAGCUCGAUGGGCGCUAGCUUCUCGAGCGCCCUCUUGCUGGCGAGCCAGAGCGCGGCGUCGGCUGCAAGCGCGGCGCAAAAAGCGCAGGCCGAUGCCACGGCCUUGAGUAACAACGCCAGCGAGCAGAUCCAGCAAGCUCAGGGCGACGCGCUGUCGGUCGCCCAAACCGCCAUCGCAGUUGUAGGCGGCAUCGUCGGAUCGUCGCUGCUCACCGGCGUAGGAUUCAUGCUGGUCCUUCGCCACCGCCGAAAGAAGAAGCGCCGGCACGGCGAGGGCAUUAUAGGGAGUAUUGGAUACCAACAAAGCACCGGCACCUCCAACAAGGCAUAUUCCAUCUCGCACUCCAAGAAUGGCUACGUCACAAGCGACGACGGAAGCAGCACCUACAGCACCGACGACACCGGCUUCAAAUUCCCGCCCAGCAGCAACACUGGCAAUCUCCGGCAGCCCGCACCUGCAGUCACCACAGAUGGGAUCCCAAGGAAAGGCAUCGACCCCAGUGGCGGUGAUAGCGGCAGCGGCGGCGUGGGCUACGCAGUGAGCUACUACGGCCCACGACCCUCCGCGACCAACACCAGUGGCAAAACCAUUUUCUCCACCAACGAGACCAGUCAUCAACGACCACGGCAAUUCCAGCUCGGAAACCCGCCCGCUCCCAGGGGUGCAGCAGCAGCAGCAGCAGGAAGAGGGAAGUUCACCCUCUUCCCCAGGCCGAAAGCUACGAACCAGACGAACGGGGCCAUCAGCAGGAGUGGCCAGGGAGAAGAGGAAGACGAUGCGGAAGAGAAAGUUCGGCACCACCACCAACAAGCGACGUCGGCGCGUCCGCCGCCGUUGUCGUCGUCAGCUGGUGGGGCCGGGGUGGGGUUGCCGGGAAGUGGAUGGGAGAGGGACGUCGAAGAAGAUGAGCAGCAGCAUCAGCAGGGAGUUCAAGCACAAGGGCAGGGAGAACGGCGGAUGGGAUUGUCGUCGGGUGCCGGGCUGCCUAGUUUGGAUCGGUGGUUGAGGGAAGGGACUGAUGUUAGUCCGUUUUCGACUCUGAAAGGGGUCAGGUAA